UCGAUAUGGUCACUAAAAGUGAAUGUGUCUUAAGUUUGAUCCUGGCUUUAAGCUGUGCAGCUUUUGCUCAAAAGAAUGUAGUCUGCUACUACGCAUCCUGGGCGACGUAUCGUGCCGGACGAGGUCAAUUCAAUGUGGACGACAUCGAUCCCAAUCUGUGCACGCAUCUAGCGUACGCCUUCUUUGGGUUGCUCGAGAAUGGAACCAUCUCAAUUUUGGAUCCCUGGUUGGACUUGGAUUCGGGCCGAGGCAAUAUCCGACUAUUCAACGAACUGAAGAACGUUAACCCUAGUUUGAAAACGUUGGCCGCCAUCGGAGGAUACAAUCAACAGUCGGAAAUAUUUUCUAAGGUGGCAGCGAACCCUGCACUACGACAAGCUUUUGCGGAAGAUGCCCGAGAUUUUUGUCUUCUGCAUGGGUUCGAUGGGGUGGACAUCGGCUGGGAAUUUCCCGGACAGCGAGGAGGAGAUCCUGUAGCUGACAGAGAAAAUUUUGUUUUGAUGUUAGCCGAUUUGAAGCAAGUGUUAUCAGCUAACGGAUUGAUACUGACAGGAGCGCUGGCGGCUGCUCAAAACAUAGCAGAAACUGCCUACAAUAUACCACUUGUAUCACAGCAUUUGGACUUCAUCAAUCUGAUGGCGUAUGACUUCAAUGGAGCGUGGAAUUCUUUCACUGGCCACAAUUCGCCGCUGUUUGCGGGACCAGCAGAUAGUACGGAUUUUCAGAGAACCUUGAAUGUAGAUCACAGUGUGUCGUACUGGCUACAGCAGGGAGCUCCAGCGUCGAAGAUCAAUCUUGGAGUUCCACACUACGGAAGAACUUUCACGCUGGAAAAUAAAGCGAAUCAUUGGUUGCGAGCGAAUGCUAUCGGACCUGGAUCACCCGGUUUUUACACUCAAGAGGAAGGCGCUUUGGCUUAUUAUGAAAUAUGUGAAAAUUUCUCAAGUGGCAGUUGGGCUCAAUUUUGGGAUUCUGAUCAGAAAAUUCCGUUCGGUGUUAUCAAUGAUCAGUGGAUUGGAUACGACAAUGAAGAAACAACAACGUACAAGUGCAAUUAUAUCUUGCAACAUAAUUUAGCCGGUGGAAUGGUGUGGUCAAUGGAUCAAGACGAUUUUCGUGGUAAUUGCGGCCCGAAAUUUGCGUUGUUAUCAGCUCUUCAAUCGUGUCUCAACUGAUAUCAUUACU